AUGGAAGAAUUAACAGGAACUGUAGCCAGUAGGUUCCUGAAUUUUAGAGACAAGAAUGAAUACAAGAAUGACGAUUACAAGUUAGUUUCUGCUGGAACCUGUCGGGGUACUCCUAGUUUUUCAAUAUACGUCUACACGUUAAGAUCGAAUUCAUGGAAAACCCUUCAAACAAAACCAUAUUCGCUUGGUAAUUUAGACGGAAUGCUUUGUAAUGGAGCUCUUCAUUGGAUAGCCAGAACCCCCAAAGUCAUUGUUUCUUUUAAUAUCAGGGACGAGAGCUUCAGAGAAACACAACUUCCAGGAGAACUAAUGGAGAAAACAAUGCACCUCCAGAAUUUAAUCUUGAAAGUGUUGGAAGGGUGCCUUUGCAUAGUUCAUGCGAGUUCUAAUAAAGCAUGGGUGAUGCGGGAAUAUGGAGUUUGGGAAUCUUGGACGGAACAUCAAAACAAGACUGCGACUAAUUAUAAGCACCUGAAGUGGUCUUCUGAGAAUGGUGAGUGUCUAAUAUACGGUGAAGGGACUGAUUUAGUUUUAUAUGACCCGAAGCAUUCAAGUGCUAGACGAAUGAAGCUUGGUAGUAGAGAUGUAUAUAGUUACGUUGAAAUCCUAGUUUCUGUCAACAGUGGUGCAUUGUGGCAGGAGCUUAGGCUGUUAUCUGUCUGUCCCUCACAAUCGGCUGCCUGUUCUAAUAAUGCUGCAGAAGACAACCUUCCUGUGUACCAGCUUUCGGAGCAGAUCAAUUUGACAAAAUUGAAUGGGAUUGAAAUGUUGUUUAUAGCAAAAAGAAUUUCCUAUUUAGAGUUUCAGACAUGCAUGGGCCUUUAG